CCUCAGGUCGCUUCCUCAUCCCUCGGUCCCGCGUGUCGCGCUCGCCCAGACCCGAACUCCGCGUAUCAUCAUCGGUCCAAGCAGAAGGAUCGGAGGCACACACGGGACAGUUUGCAGCCAAGAUGAACGACGCCGAUGUCGGGAAGCAGGUGCAGCAGAUGGUCCGGUUCAUCCUGCAGGAGGCCGACGAGAAAGCCAGCGAGAUCAGUGUUGCCGCCGAGGAGGAGUUCAGCAUCGAGAAGCUGCAGCUGGUGGAGUCGGAAAAACGGAGGGUGCGGCAGGAGUACGAGCGCAAGGAGAAGCAGGUGGACGUCCGCAGGAAGAUCGAGUACUCGACGGAGCUGAACGCGGCGCGCAUCAAGCUGCUGCGGGCGCAGGACGACGUGGUGACCGGGAUGAAGGAGAGCGCCGGCGACGCGCUGCUCCGCGUCACCAAGGACGCCAACGCCUACAAGAGGGUCCUCAAGGGCCUCAUCGUGCAGAGCCUGCUUCGCCUGAGGGAGCCGGCGCUGGUGCUGCGGUGCCGAGAGGCGGACCGGAGCCUGGUGGAGGCGGUGCUGGAGGUGGCCAAGAAGGAGUACGCCGAGAAGGCCAAGGUCAACCUCCCCAAGAUCAUCAUCGACGGCAAGGUCUACCUGCCGCCGCAGAGGACCAGCCGCGACGCGCAUGGGCCGUCCUGCUCCGGCGGCGUGGUGCUCGCGUCCCAGGACGGCAAGAUCGUCUGCGACAACACGCUGGACGCCAGGCUCAGCGUCUCCUUCAGGCAAAAGCUCCCCGAGAUCAGGAAGAAACUCUUCAGCCAGCGAGUAUCGUCCUAAUGUUUUUUUUUUGUUACUCUGAUCGAUUGUUUUCUGAAAUAAACCAGAAGCGGUCCGAUCCUACGAAGAUACACAGGUCCUGACAUUGGGUGAAGCCCGUAUGUGCACGUUUCGGAUUUCGCAACAUCGAUUUGAGCUUGAACAGUUCUUCGCUAGCUUGUCGGUAGAGGCGGCAAUGGCUGAAGUUGAGUCUGUAUCCCGGUGGAUAGGGGACCUCCGCGACCGUUACCCUGAGUCGAGUUGUGUCACAGUCUGUAUCUAUCGCUCCUGAAACCUGAGGGGCCUGUAUUGUUUGUCAUGCACUUUGUUUCUUCUCUUCUGUUUGUAGCCUACUAUAUCCACUGAAAUCUGAGGGGCCUGUAUUGUUUGUCAA